AUGGCUAUAGCUUUGUGGUUUUAUGAUGCAUGUAUUCCAAUGAAUGCUUUUAAUUCUCCUUAUUAUCAACAAGCAAUCGGAAAAAUAGCAAGUAUGGGUCAUGGUUAUCAAGGACCUAGUUAUCAUGCUUUAAGAGUAAAUUUGUUGAAAGAUGCAAAGAAACAAGUUGAAUUAAUUGUUGAAAAUUUGCGUAGUAAAUGGGCUGAAUUUGGUUGCACAAUUAUGGGUGACGGUUGGAAGGAUAAUAGACAAAGAAGUUUAAUCAAUUUUCUGGUCUAUUGUCCUAGUGGGAUUUCAUUUAUCAAAUCUGUUGAUGCUUCAGAUUUUGAGUCUAAUGCUGAAUAUUUGUGUAAUCUGUUUUCUGAAAUUGUUGAAAUUGUUGGACCUAGUAAUGUUGUUCAUAUGGUCACAGACAAUGCAAGUAAUUAUAAAGCUGCUGACCGGUUACUUUCUGAAAAAUAUCCGACAAUUAGUUGGUCUCCUUGUGCAGCACAUUGUUUGAAUUUAAUUAUGAAAGAUAUUGGAAAAAUGACUCAUGUGAAAAAUAUCAUUACUCUUGCUUCAAGAGUCACUGUGUAUGUUUAUAAUCGAAAGUGGAUUCUUAGUUGGUUAAGAAAAAGGCCUGGUUGGAGAGAGAUUCUUCAUCCUGCUGAAACUCGAUUUGGUACUAAUUUUAUUGUUUUGAAAAAUCUUCAUGAUUUGAAACAGCAUUUUGAGGCUUUAGUGACUUCUAGUGUAUACAAGAGAGAGUUGAAAAAUGAAAAAGGAAAAGAAGUCAAACAAAUUGUUCUUGAUGGCAAGUUUUGGAAUAAUUCUUUGAUUAUUGUGAGAAUUAUGGGUCCAAUUAUGCGCUUGUUGCGUAUUUGUGAUUCCGAUGAAAAACCUUCAUUGGGUUAUGUAUAUGAAGGCAUGUGGAGAGUUGUUAAUGGUAUUAAAGAGCUGCUUUCAUAUAAAAAGAGGUCUUAUGAUCCUGUGGAUUAUGAAACUAUUGAUAAAGUUGAAUUUUGGAUAGUUGAUGAGGAACAAGAAGGAGAGCUUGAUUAUGAUGAGUUAGAAGAAAUGACUGAAGAAGAAUUUCCCAAAAUUGGUGAAGAUGGACCCUCUCAAUCAAGUAAGAAAGACACAAAUAUUGUGCAACUUGAUGAUGAGAAUGAUCUUGAUGAUAUCAACUUGGAAAGUUAUGAAAUUGGAGAUAAGGAUGAUGAAGAUGAAGAUGAAGAUGAAGAAUGGCUUAGAUAA